AAGCAGAGAAAACGAGAGAGAGAAAGAAAGAAAGAAAGAAUUUCGCUUUUUACAUUUUUCUCUAGGGUUUUCAGUUUCUUUUUUUUUUUGUUUUUUUCUAGGCAUCCAAACAGAAGGUAAGGAAAAGUUGGUGUGAUUUUCUAGGGAAAAUUUUGAGGUUGUUGUUGUUGUUGUUGUUGUUCAUUUGGUGGAAUUUUCUCGGGAAACAAGCAGAAAAUAUUUUGUUAUUUUUAAAGGAAAAGGAAGAGAAGAGAAGAGAAGAGGAAAGAUGAUGAUGAUGUCAUCAGCUUCAUCGUCAGCUGCGACAGUAGCAGUAGACAAGGCAACGAGCGAUCUUCUAAUCGGUCCCGAUUGGACUAUGAACAUCGAUAUUUGCGAUUCUGUUAAUUCUAAUCAUUGGCAAGCAAAGGAUGUUGUAAAGGCUGUGAAGAAAAGGUUGCAACACAAGAGUUCUAAAGUGCAAUUACUUGCUUUAACGCUUUUGGAGACGAUGGUGAAGAAUUGUGGUGACUAUGUCCAUUUUCAGAUUGCUGAGAGGAAUAUAUUGGGGGAGAUGGUCAAAAUUGUGAAGAAGAGGGCUGAUAUGCUUGUGAGGGAUAAAAUCUUGGCUUUGUUGGAAUCUUGGCAGGAGGCAUUUGGUGGUCCUGGGGGUAAAUAUCCUCAGUACUACUGGGCAUAUGAUGAGCUAAGGCGUUCUGGAGUAGAAUUUCCCAAGCGUUCAUCGAACGCAGCUCCUAUCUUUACACCCCCUGCUACGCAUCCAACCCUGAAUCAUCCUGGUUAUGGAAUGCCAAGCAAUUCUUCUAGAAGGCUUGACGAAACAAUGGCUACAGAGAUUGAAAGUUUAAGUUUGUCUAGCUUGGAAUCUAUGAGGGAUGUUAUGGACCUCUUAAGUGACAUGCUGCAAGCUGUAAACCCCAGUGAACGUGCGGCAGUAAAAGAUGAAGUGAUAGUUGAUCUUGUCAACCGAUGCCGUUCCAACCAAAAAAAGCUUAUGCAGAUGCUUACAACCACUGGGGAUGAGGAACUUUUAGCUCGAGGUCUUGAACUAAAUGAUGGCCUGCAAAGCUUACUAGCAAAACAUGAUGCCAUAGCUUCAGGUUCCCCCCUGCCAAUUGAAUACACUGGUGUAAACUCCAAGCCAACUGUAGCAAGUAACUCCAACAAAUCAAAUGAAGUGAAGAAUUCAAGUCCAGCACCUAAUUUUAGACCACCUACACCCGUUGCUUCUGUGACAAGAAGCCAGAUUGAUGAAGAGGAAGAAGAGGAAGAUGAUUUUGCCCAGCUAGCUAGAAGGCAUUCCAGAGCACAGUCCACGUCUUCUCAGAGUACAUCUGCUGGAACAAGUGAAGCUAUUGUGCCAAUCAACAAUAUUACUUUGACAACUUCGAAUAUGCCAACUGCUUCAACCUCUACUCCGAGCAAUGCAUUAGCUUUGCUAGAUCGACCUGCACCCGUUAGGACUACAAAAGAGCAGGACUUGAUUGAUCUUCUAAGCCUCACCUUGUCAACAACAUCUGCUUCCUCUCCCCAUACCCCUUCUACACCACCUGCAUCUCACCAAAAUAUGCAUCAGGUUCCUGUUCCUCCUAGCACCCAGGGAUAUCCUUACACUUCCCAAACAUACCUUGGAAGUCAGGGACAGCUGCCUUAUAAUAGUUAUGUUGUUCCCUGGGCCCAGCCUCAGUCUCAGCCUCAGCCUCAAGUGCAGCCACAAUAUCAUUCCCCACAGAAGGUACAAGUACAACCACAGUCCCAACCUCAAAUUCACCCACAAUCCCAAUCCCAAAGCCAGUUCCAGGUAGAAUCCCAAACUCAAAACCAGUCAAAUUCACUGCAUCAGGCCCAAUCUCAGUUCCAAACUAAACCCCAACCUCAACUCCAGCCACAGUCCCAAUCACUACAGUUACAGGCACAAUCCCAAGUCCAUCUGCAGCCGCAAUCCCAUCCCCAGCCCCAACCUCUGCACCAAGCACAACAGCUAACUCAACCGCAGGUCCAAGCACAAUCCCAAACUCGAGCCCAGUCUUUCUUACAACCUCAAUAUCAGCCACAUUUUCAACCUCAAUAUCCUCAAUACUCAUCUGGGUAUCCCCCUCCACCAUGGGCUGCAACUCCAGGUUAUUUGAACAGCCAAAAUCAUCUAUCCUCUACUAAUAACAUGUUUUCUACUCCCCAAGUGAAUUCUACCACAUCAAAUCCUGUGAUAGGGAGCAGACCCUUGCAGCACGUUAAUUCAUUCCCCGUAAAAGGCAGCAAUGGAGCACCAAUGAAUGGGGAUUCUUGGGCGAGUGUGGGACCUAGGAAUCCCGCUCCUGUGGCAGGACAGAAGCCCUUUAUUCCAUCAUACAGAUUGUUUGAAGAUUUGAAUGUGCUUGGAAAUGCCAAUGGAAGGCUUAAGACGACGAGCAAUACAUCCCCUAGCUUGUCGGGUACUACUCAAAGUAUGGUUGGUGGAAGGAAAUGAGACAUUGUGGCUUUUAUGCAUCGAUAUGUCCAUACGAAUAUGGUCUAAAUCCGUAUCUAAGAUGGAAUUGUCUCUCAGAUUGAUAUGUGAUUCAUUAUUGUUUCCUUGUGUGAUGCCUAAGAUGUUUAUAGCCUUCUGUCACUGCCACCUCCAGAAUUAAGUCGAAUGUCAUAGUUUUUGUUCUUACUAAAACAACCAUUAUGGUGAUUCGUCAAUUAAGGUGAUUUCAUUACGAACCCAACCAAAGUUUGAUCUGAUUUUGUAAAUUUGUUAUUUGUUAGAUCCAGAUAUAGUUGGGGAAUAUUUGUUGGGAUGGUUGAUGCUAGACUUUACAAUUAAAGUGGCAGGGACUUGGGGAGUGGCAGAAAGUUCGGGCUUGCCCACAACUUAUCUUCUUCCGCUAGUUUAAAUUAUGAUAAUGACAAAAGUCUG